CCGACCGGCCCCAGCGCUGGUCCGCAUCCCGCUCCGCGGCCUGGGGCUGGGAUGUGACCGGCAGUGGGCUCCCAGCUCCCGGCGGUGACGGCUGUGUGCGGCGGAGACUGCGGUGAGAGCGGCGCGGGCGGGCGAGGCCGGGGCGCAGAGGGCUGCCGGUCGGCAGGGCCACGGGAUGAGGAAGCGGACCGAACCAGUCACCUUGGAGCAUGAGCGCUGCGCCGCCUCCGGCUUGUCCUCCUCCGGCUCAGCAGCUACGGCGCUGGACGCCGACUGCCGCUUGAAGCAGAACCUGCGCCUGGCGGGCAAGGGGCCGGCGGAGCCGCGCUGCGCAGGCGACGCGGCCAUGAAGCGGGCGCUGGGCAGACGAAAGAGCCUGUGGUUCCGACUGAGGAAGAUACUUCUCUGUGUUCUGGGGUUCUACAUUGCCAUUCCAUUUCUUGUCAAACUGUGUCCUGGGAUACAGGCCAAACUGAUUUUCUUGAAUUUUGUGAGGGUUCCCUAUUUCAUUGACUUGAAAAAACCACAGGAUCAAGGUUUGAAUCACACCUGCAAUUACUACCUCCAACCAGAGGAAGAUGUAACUAUUGGAGUCUGGCACACCAUCCCCUCAGUCUGGUGGAAGAAUGCCCAAGGGAAGGACCAGAUGUGGUAUGAGGAUGCGCUGGCUUCCAACCACCCCAUCAUUCUCUACCUUCAUGGGAAUGCAGGUACCAGAGGAGGCGACCACCGAGUGGAGCUGUACAAGGUGCUGAGUUCUCUUGGUUACCACGUGGUCACCUUCGACUAUAGAGGUUGGGGUGACUCAAUAGGAUCACCAUCGGAGCGAGGCAUGACGUAUGAUGCACUCCAUGUUUUUGACUGGAUCAAAGCAAGAAGUGGUGAUAAUCCUGUGUAUAUUUGGGGCCAUUCACUGGGCACUGGGGUGGCAACAAAUCUGGUACGGCGCCUCUGUGAACGAGAGACACCUCCAGAUGCCCUUAUAUUGGAGUCUCCUUUCACUAAUAUCCGUGAAGAAGCAAAGAGUCAUCCAUUUUCAGUGAUAUAUCGAUACUUCCCUGGAUUUGACUGGUUCUUCCUAGAUCCCAUUACAAGCAGUGGAAUUAAGUUUGCAAAUGAUGAAAAUGUGAAGCACAUCUCCUGUCCUCUGCUCAUCCUGCAUGCUGAGGAUGACCCAGUUGUGCCCUUUCAGCUUGGCAGAAAGCUCUACAACAUUGCAGCACCAUCUCGAAGCUUCCGAGACUUCAAAGUCCAGUUUAUCCCAUUUCAUUCAGACCUUGGCUACAGACAUAAGUACAUCUACAAGAGCCCUGAGCUUCCACGGAUACUGAGGGAAUUCCUAGGGAAGUUGGAACCUGAACAUCAGCACUGAGACUGAUCCACGAAGGAGCAUGAAGACCCAUCCUCUUCCCCUUCUCCCCUGGCCAGGAGCCUGGCACCCAGGAGCCAGGGUGCCCACCACCUAUGGUGCUCAGGAGCCCAGUAUGUACCUGGAAAGAGGACUCAGACACAGUGGGCAGAGGCUCUGCAGAUGUGGAUCUGCGAGGAAAACACAGGUGGCAGGCAUGUUGGUCCCCGGUCCCUCUGGUGGCCACUUUCGCUGAGUUCUUGUCGGGAAGACUUCCUGACAACAGGUGGAUCCUGUAUUUCCUGCACUGGGAGUGGGGAAUCUUAGAAGGGCCCAGGAGCACAGGAUCACCUGGUAGGGAACUUUGUGCCCUUUCUGGCACAUACAGAAUGGACUCCAAGCCGUUGGAUUUGCCCCCUUUGGCCUGUGUACCUGCUUGCCUUCCUCAGCUGUCCCUGCCUCCCUGGCAUCUGCUUACCCAUAGCAAGGGGCACCUAGAGCUGCACUUCCUCCCAUUCUGCCCAGCUGUCACCUAACCUGGUCAAAGACUGAGCAUUUAUUUAAGAAUAAAAUUGUGGUGGUGGUCUGCUUGUUGCUUUCGCUACAGAGCAGGUCACUGUUGCCUCUUCUGCUGUCA